CUUCCGUCGAUCACAAGCGCAGCCGAUGCAACAGCCAUUCGGCCUAACCAUCACUGUUUCUGAUCUUCUUUGAUUCACUUCGGCAUCCCACUGUAAGACAUCUUCUGUAUGUAUAUUCGGCAUAUCUGGCCUUGAGGAGCAUUGGUGGACUAUUUAUUAUCAGUUCAACAACCUCCCGCCCCCAGAUCUUCUCCCCAGCCCCCUCCUGCUAGACCGGCGGCGACGACUAGACACAAGCUUCUUUCCGUUUCAGACUCCAAUUGACACUUCACGCAGUCUUCCUCUCUCCGGUGGGACUGCUCACUUUCCCCAUUGCAGUUUUCUGCUAUUCCAAGGCUGUGAGAUAUUGACACCAUGGGCGGCGAAACACGCACCCAGAAGGGGCCGAGGAGCGACUACCCGCUCCGGGCACCUAAACCAGUCGGCAAGUCGAUAUCCAGCAUCUACAAAGAACGCAUCAGUCAGUUCUAUUCACGCGGCCAAUGGCAGAAUGUAAACCUUCUAGCCAUGAUGAACGAGGCCGUGGUCUCGGGCGAGCCUCACGUUCGGCUCUCGGUUUGGCAUGCGCCGGGCCAAACUAGGCCUAGCUUUGAAGAAGCCACCUCCCACGAGUUCGAGAAGACGUCUGUUGGCAUGUGGUUUGGCCCGUCGUGGAGCACCCACUGGUUCAAGGUUAUCCUGAAAGUGCCCUCAGACCUCCGUGACAAGAGGCUUCUGGAGUUCCACUGGGAUGCCAACAACGAAGGGAUGGUGUGGACCCAUGAUGGCAAGCCGCUUCAAGGCCUCACUGGCGGUGGUGAGCGUGUUGAAUGGAUCAUCCCAGACUCCUUCCGCGACGGAAAGGAGCACACCAUCUACAUUGAGAUGGCAUGCAACGGCAUGUUUGGCAACGCCCCCGGCGGAGACUCGAUCCAGCCACCAGACCCCAACAAAUACUUCCGGCUCGACCGAGCUGAAAUCGUUGCCGUUAACCCUGACGCUCGCCAACUUCACAUAGACAUCUGGAUCAUUGGCGAUGCCGCGAGGGAGUUCCCCGAGGAUUCUUGGGAGCAACACAAGGCGCUCGAGGUUUGCAACGAGAUUAUUGAGGCCUUUGAGCUUGGCAACAAGGAAUCUCUCAAGACAUGCCGGAAGAUUGCCGAGGAAUACAUCGGGCCCAACGUCAACUCGGCCAAGGUCUACGACUCUGGCAAGGAGCCCCUCGUCUUCGGCAUCGGUCACUGCCAUAUCGACAGCUGCUGGUUGUGGCCUUUUGCCGAGACCAAGCGAAAGGUCGCCAGGUCGUGGUCCAGCCAGUGCGAUCUGAUGGACCGCUACCCCGAGCUCAACUUCGCUUGCUCUUCAGCCCAGCAGUACAAGUGGCUCAAGCAGCUGUAUCCUUAUGCUUUCGAGCGGGUCAAGGCCAAGGUUGCCGAGGGCCGCUUCCAUCCCAUUGGCGGCAGCUGGGUAGAACACGACACGAACAUGCCUAGCGGGGAGUCCCUAGUCCGUCAGUUCUUGUACGGCCAGCGUUUCUUCGAGAGCAACUUUGGGACUCGCUCCAAGACCUUUUGGCUGCCAGACACGUUCGGAUACUCGAGCCAGCUGCCUCAGCUCUGUCGCCUGUCUGGUAUGACGCGAUUCCUGACACAGAAGCUGAGUUGGAACAACAUCAAUAAGUUCCCUCAUACCACUUUCAACUGGGUUGCCCUCGACGGCAGUCAGGUUGUUUGCCACAUGCCUCCAUCCGAGACGUACACUUCUGAAGGUCAUUUUGGUGACGUCAAACGCAGCAUGUCGCAGCACAAGUCUCUGGAUCAGGAUGCUACAUCACUGCUCGUCUUUGGCAAGGGUGACGGGGGCGGCGGUCCUACCUGGCAGCACAUCGAAAAGCUCCGUCGAUGCCGCGGGAUCAGCGACACAGUUGGCCUUUUGCCCCGUGUCCACCUGGGCAACUCGGUUGACGACUUCUUCGACCGGCUUGAGCUUAAAGCCGAGACAUUUGUGACGUGGUAUGGCGAGCUUUAUUUCGAACUGCAUCGCGGGACAUAUACCACGCAGUCCAACAACAAACGCAACAAUCGCAGAGCCGAGAUUGUACUCCGUGAUCUCGAGCUCUUGGCCACCUUUGCUUCCAUCAAAGACAGCUCGUACAAGUAUCCGAAGCAGGACUUUGACGACAUGUGGGAGUCGGUGCUUCUCUGCCAGUUUCAUGACUGUCUUCCCGGGAGUUCCAUCGAGAUGGUCUACCGGGAUUCAGAUGAGAUAUACGCACAAGUCUUCAAAACAGCCGAGCGAAUACUUGCCGAGAUCUCGAAGACGUUGGGGGUCACCCAAGCCCAGACCGUAACAGUUGCGAACGGCAUUGCACUAAACACACUGCCAUGGCGCCGCAAGGAAGUAAUACAAAUCUCUGAGCAUGAGGCCGCUGUGGCAUGCGGAAAAGGUCCGCUCCUGAAGUUGCGGAGUUUGAAGACUAGUGGAGAUGCUCCUCUUGUUUCCCUCAAGCAGCUGGCGUCUGGAGCCUUCGUCCUUGAGAACAGUCAACUCAGGGCCACGGUGGAAGAGGGUUUGAUCACAUCGCUCUACGAUAAGCUGGCGGAGCGUGAGAUCAUCCCAAAGGGACAGAAAGCAAAUCAGUACGUCAUCUUCGACGACAAGCCCCUGUACUGGCAGGCCUGGGACGUUGAGGUCUACCACCUCGACACCCGCAAAGUGCUUUCCUCGAGCGAGACCAAGGUGCACGAGGAGAAGGACCACCGCGUCAGCGUCGUCACCCGCACCAAAAUCAGCGACGUGAGUCACAUCGAGACUGUCAUCAGCUUGUCGGCCGCCAUCGAGGGCCAGCAGUCGUACGUCGAGGUCUCGAGCAAAGUUGAGUGGCACGAGACCAUGAAAUUUCUGAAGGUGGAGUUUCCGGUCGACGUGCGCAACACCGAGGCAAGCUACGAGACCGCAUUCGGCAUCGUCAAGCGCCCCACGCACUACAACACUAACUGGGACAUGGCCAAGUUUGAGGUCUGCUGCCAUCGCUUUGCGGAUCUGUCCGAGCAUGGCUACGGCGUGUCCAUACUCAACGAUUCCAAGUACGGCUUUGCCACGGCCGGCUCUACUAUGCGCCUCUCGCUGCUCCGCAGUCCAAAAGCCCCUGAUGCCCACGCCGAUAUGGGCACGCACCACAUCCGCUGGGCCAUUCUACCCCAUCAGGGGAGCCUGUCGCAUGUGACUGUCCGCAAGGCGUUUGAGUUCAAUAACCCGCUUAGACUGCUCUCCGCUCCUGGCGGGAUGGCAGGUUUGGCGCAGGAUGCCGCGGACCUGCCGGUUCAAUUGACCGAGGACUCGAGCCCUGCGCUGGUACUUGACACUGUCAAGCGGGGAGAGGAUGACGAGGAUGUCUCGAGGGGCGAGCUGCCCGUCAAGCCAGGAUGCAGCGUCAUUCUGAGAAUCUACGACAGUUUGGGUGGGAGGGCCCGAGGGACCGUUGCCACGACAUGGAAAGUAAACAGGGUGACCAAGGUGAAUCUGUUGGAAGAUGAGCUGGAGGAGGUGGCGUUCAAGGAUGGCAAGUUUGCCGUGGACUUGGGCGCGUUCGAGGUUGCUUCGUACAAGUUGCAGUUGGCGUAGUCUAUCGGGCGUCUGUCUGGUCAGAGUGUAUGGCUGUUGGCUCUUUGCUCCUUCGGGAUGUGGCUAUAAUGGGUUUAAGUAUUGUAGGCAGAGACCUGGUAUACGAUUACGCAGAUACUUGCUGGAAUACAUUGAUUCGCCUGCGGUUUCCGCGCGACAAUGGAUCUCCUGAGUUUCUUCAAAUUUUCAGGACGUUCGCAGGGCUGCUGAGUCUCUAGCUCUACAGCCCCAAGAUACACAUAUAAGACACGGAGACACUCCUCCCACCCAGGAACCAACCACCUCUCCCAAAUCCGGUGGAUAUACAGAACAUGACACGCAAAAGGAGAAAACGAGAUCACCUGCCCCUCG